GUAUUUAUUUUAAUUUUACUUGGUCUUACAUAGAGCAGUCUUACGCGAAACAUUCGAUCGUUGUGAAUAAUAGUUACUUUUAAAUCGAGUCAUAAGAUGAUAUUUUUAAAUUAUUCGUCACUAAAUACAAACUGUAAACUCUAUUAGAAUUAUAUUAAACGUUUAAAUAUAGUUAAAUUCAAGUCAGUGUUUUUAUUUAAAGCAUAUUUUUAAAAAUAUGGAUCAGUUAGUUUUAGGCAAAGAAUGGCCAAAUUUAAAAAUCACUUUGGAUUCUAAUAAUGCUACGUCCUGUACAGAUACAAUAGAUAUAAUGGAAGUUGAUGAAAUUCCUGAUGAAAAGGAUGCAGAAAUUGAUGAGAAGCAAGUCAAAGUUGAAGUCAAAGUGGAAUUCAUGCCUUAUAAGGAAAUGAAAAAGUAUGAAAAUAAAUCUAACAUUUUUGCAUCUGGAUUAGAUUUGACAUCCGAGAAAAUUCAAGACAAGUUAGGAGAAAGAGCAGAAAAAUUUUAUUCAGAAGCAAGACCAGUACAAAAUAUAACACAAGAAGAAAUUGAUGCUUUAUAUAAGAGCAUGAAUAUUCCAGUAAAUUCUGAAAAAACUUCAGAUAAACUAAGAGGAAUUCGUUUAGAUGCUAUACAUUUCAGAGGAGUGAAUGAUAUGAGUACAGAAGACAUAUUUGAUUAUUUUAAAGAUUAUUCCCCAUCAUCUAUAGAAUGGAUUAAUGAUAUCUCUUGUACACACCGAGAAGGAGCAUUAUGACUAACAGCAAGAAUAACAUAUUGAAAGCAUAAAUAUAACAAUUUAGGCAAAUUAAUGAUUAUUAUUAUAUAAUUGCAUAGUUGAUUUAAUCUACAUACAAUUUGUUUUUGGAAUGCAGGUAAA